AUGGGUCGGGGGACAUUGGCGCUCGAGUUAAUCGGGAAGGAGAAGUCAAGGAGGGUAACAUUCGAGAAGGGGAAGAGCAGCCUGUUGAAGAAGGCCAAGGAAUUCUCAAUUCUGUGCGGAGUGGACACGUGCGUGUUAAUCUACGGCACUCCGGCGAUCAGUGACCGCCUUGAUGUGCUGGAAAUCUGGCCCCCAAACCCCGACGAGUGGAAGCUUGGCACAGAGCUCAUGAAGGCCCGCACGUCGACCUGCAAAGAUCUGAUUGCCCGCUUGUCGGAGGAAGAGGAGUUGAUAUCGCUCAAAACCCUUUUAGGGCACAGGCUAGAGAGUGCAAAGAAGAGGUUCGAGGCCAUGAAAUCAGAGAAGGAAUUAGCGGCCCUGCUGCUGCAGGAUCAAACAAAUAACAUCGCCCCAAACCCAUUAAUGGUGGGAUGA